AUGAUAAUUAAUAUUAGUGACUUAUUCUUGAGUUUUAUAGGAGGAAUCAUGAUUGGAGUGGCAUGUAGUAUACAUUACAUCACAAAAGGAAGGAUAACUGGGAUUAGUGGUAUUUAUUAUGGUGUAAUUACAUUUAAUUGGGAUGAAUUUUAUUGGAAACUAUCUAUUCUUUGUUCACUAGUUUUUUCAACUGGAUUAAUGUAUUAGAUAUUCGGAGAUGAGAGCAUUAUGGCAAGUUCAUCUUUGGCCUUUAACGAAAUACGUCAAAUUACCAGUUUAUCUUAUACAAUUGCAGGAAUUAGUGGUUUAUUGAUAGGUUGUGGUGCUAAAUUGUGUAAUGGAUGUACAACAGGUCAUGGAUUUUGUGGUAUAGCAAGGAUAUCCAUGCGUUCAUUUGUGGCUUUUGGUUUGUUCAUACUAUUUGGAGUGUUAAGUUGUUUUAUCACUAUGAGUGAACACAAAGAAGAUGGUGAGGAGAAAUACAAUUAUAAUCAUGUCUCAAUAAUAAUGAUUGGAUUAAGUUUAGUAUUACUGUCAGCUUGUCUACUGGGAGCAUAUGUGAACAAAGAAUAAUUUAUCGAUACUAUCGUAGCAAUACCUGUUGGAUUGCUUUUAGGAGUGGGAGUAGUAUUUUCAGGGAUGAUUAAAAGAACAACCGUUUUGAGUUUUCUUUCUUUGUAGUAGUGGAAUCCAUAAUUUUUAUUUGCUGUUUUAGGGGCAAUUGUAGUAUGUUAUUUUGGAUUUAGAUUAUUGAACAAGCCUCUCUUUGAUGUAGAAUUUUAAUACCCUCCUACAAAGAAAGUGACAAACAUUCUAUUGGUAGGAGCUUCUUUAUUUGGAUUUGGAUGGGGAAUGACUGGGAUAUGCCCUCUAGUGGGACUAGCUUUGUUUCCUUAAUUUACAUGGUAAGUUGGAUUGAUGUAUUUGGGAUCAGUAUCUAUGGGGAUGAGAAUCGCACAAUGUUAUCUUAAUAAAUAUUAGAAAGUUGAUGAUUAAGUCCUUGAAUUCAAUAGCAAUAAUUAUAUAAUAAAAAAUGACAAUGAAUAAAAUGAUAGAUUUUGA